CGGCCGGGAAGUGUGGACGCGUUUCUCCCGAGGCCGGGCCGCCUCGCCCGCUCUAGUCCAGCGGAGCCGGAGCGCCUCGGACCAAUCCCCGGUGAUUAUGCAAGACAGCGGACCAAUCAGCUCCGCCAGCUCAUGAAUAUUUAUGACCUUGGCUGAGUCAAAGCUUUGAAGCGAGUUUGGGGAGCUCGGCAGCAUCAUGCUUAGACUUUUCAAAGAGACAAACUCCAUUUUCUUAUGAAUGGAAAGUGAAAACCCCUGUUCCGCUUAAAUUGGGUUCCUUCCUGUCCUGAGAAACACAGAGACCCCCAAAAGGGAAGCAGAGGAGAGAGAGAGACCCACACCCAGACCCCGCGAGAAGAGAUGACCAUGACCACCAUGCCAGAAAGUCUCAACAGCCCCGUGUCGGGCAAGGCGGUGUUUAUGGAGUUUGGGCCACCCAACCAGCAAAUGUCUCCUUCUCCCAUGUCCCACGGGCACUACUCCAUGCACUGUUUACACUCUGCGGGCCAUUCGCAGCCCGAUGGCGCCUACAGCUCGGCCUCGUCUUUCUCCCGACCGCUGGGCUACCCCUACGUCAACUCGGUCAGCAGCCACGCGUCCAGCCCCUACAUCAGUUCGGUGCAGUCCUACCCGGGCAGCGCCAGCCUCGCCCAGAGCCGCCUGGAGGACCCAGGGGCUGACUCCGAGAAGAGCACGGUGGUGGAAGGCGGUGAAGUGCGCUUCAAUGGCAAGGGGAAAAAGAUCCGCAAACCCAGGACGAUUUAUUCCAGUUUGCAGUUGCAGGCUUUGAACCGGAGGUUCCAGCAAACUCAGUACCUAGCUCUGCCCGAGAGGGCGGAGCUCGCGGCCUCCUUGGGACUCACGCAGACGCAGGUCAAGAUCUGGUUCCAGAACAAGCGUUCCAAGUUCAAGAAACUGAUGAAGCAGGGCGGGGCGGCUCUGGAGGGUAGCGCGCUGGCCAACGGCCGGGCGCUGUCCGCCGGCUCCCCGCCAGUGCCGCCCGGCUGGAACCCCAACUCCUCAUCUGGGAAGGGCUCGGGCGGCAGCGCGGGUUCCUACAUCCCCAGCUACACGUCGUGGUACCCCUCGGCGCACCAAGAAGCUAUGCAGCAACCCCAACUCAUGUGAGGUUGCCCGCCCGCACCCUCCCGCCUCCUUCCCGUCUCCCCCCUGGCCCGGGCCCCUCCCGCCUCCCGGUCCAACCACCCUGUCCGCAAGCCCUGGGCCUGGAGAGGGGCCCAGGGGCAAAGAAGAAGGAACAGCGAAGGCAGGACGCCCGCCACCUCCUUGGAGUCCCGCGCAGUCUGGACCGGCGAC